UGGGCCACCUUUGAAAAACUUCCCAAUAUAGAUCGAUCUGAUCUUGGCAGAAAUAAUCGCAAUGCGAAAGAUGAGAAAAGUCUAUGUGAAUUAGCUUUAGUCGCAAAAUUUGGCCCAAUUAUAAACGAAUCAGAUUUGAAGAUUUUGGAAAAAACGAUAGAAACAUCAGUGUUAGAUCACAUGGUUGCGAUUGAUGAAAAUAAUAGUAAAUUAAAUAAGAUGAUGAAUACACCCUCAAGAAGAAAGCAAGAACAGAAAUCUAAAAAUAGUGAUAUAGAUUUUGAUGCUUUAACAAUAAGCGAAUCAGCAAAAAAAUUAGUCCUUUCACAAGCAAUUACCACUUCAACACCAACAUCAUCGCCAUCCCAUAAUGACGCAACUAGAUCUCAAAAAUCUUCAAUAACUGAUUUAUUAGAAUUAUUAUUAACUCCAGCAUGGGCAAAAGAGACCUUUAAGAAAAUAAAUACCCUGCUUUCAUUAGAAAUAGUUGUUUUUACAACAGAAAGUAAUAUUCUUCUUACACCAGAUC